AUGGAGCACGGGCCAGGUGGCAUCCCCGAGGCGCUCGCCUGCCUCCGCGCGCUCGACGCCGCGCGCACCCCCGCCCCGUGCUCCGCCUCCCAGAGACCAGCCCCAUCUGGGCCAAGAAGGCGCUCUACCUCGGCCCCGCGGGGCUCAUGCUCCCCGCUGCGGCCGCGGCCGCGGUCUCCCACUGCCGCUACCCGCCGCGCGGCGUCCGCGGCGCCGCGCACCCCAUCGUCCGCGCCUACGCCUACGGCCUCGACGACUCCUACCUCUCCCGCUGCGAGGACGAUACCCUCAUCGUCUGCCAUGAUGGAGAUUGGCGAGGAGGGAGAUGCUGAGGAGGAUGAGAAGGAGAAGGAAACUGACUGGUACUGGAGUGAGUGA